AUGUCCGCGGACCUGGUCAAACCAGAGUUUGAGAAACACACAGAUUACCUACAUCUCCAGCACAUCGGCAUGUCAAACCGUGUACACCCAGUCGUGAGGGCCGGGCAGGAGGGGCGUGGGCAACAGGAGGGGCAGGACAGGAAGACUUACAGCGGCUUCGACAACAAGGCAUUCUCAGACCUGGACAGUGGUGACCUGAACAAUCGUUCCGGUCCCUGCACUAAGAGUGGAAAAGACGAUAGAGAUUUAGCCUGUGGAUACGGACCAUUGAAAUGUUCCAAGCGUUUCACCAAGAUACAGUUUUAUGUAGUAUGGAUGUGCUUGAUUGGGUUCGUAGAGGGCGCUGCUGUCAACGGCAUCGUGAAUAUUAUCUUAACUACCUUGGAGAAACGCUUUAACCUCUCGAGCUCCCAAGCUGGCUUAAUCGUCAGCUCAACGGACAUUGGCGCCAUCAUCUUUGUCCUCCUCGUCAGUUACCUGGGGUCAAAAGGUCAUCGCCCUCGCUGGUUGGGUGGGGGCACCCUGGUGAUGAUGUUCGGGUCGUUGAUUUUUAUCAUCCCUCAUAUCUUCGGAGAUACAUACGACAUUUCAUCUAUAGAGGCUGGCGGAAAUGGCACGGCUAUAUGUGAUCCCAAUAGCCCCGACCCAUGCGCAACACAGACUUCCGGUGAAACAUCUGGCUUCCUGUACAUUUUCAUGUUAGCCCAGUUUGUACAUGGUAUUGGCUUCACGCCAUUCUUCACCCUUGGAACAGCGUAUGUUGACGACAACGCCAAAACUGAAUCUACAGCCAUCUACCUUGGUAUGAUCUACGCCGUCACUGCACUGGGUGUGGCCGCAGGGUUUAUCGGCGGGGGACAGUUCCUUAAUCUGUGGAUAGACUUUAACAGAGUGGACAAAACGGUGUACGAGGGGUUUACCCCUAUGGACUCUGUCUGGAUUGGUGCAUGGUGGGUGGGUUUCAUCAUCACUGCGAUCCUGUUCUUCCUGUUCGCACUUCCGGUACUAGGAUACCCGAUUAACCUUCCAGGAACCGAACACAUCCGAGAGGCAAGAAUAACAGAAAAAGAUCGAGCCCGGCUAGAGGCUGCAAAGAAUGACCAACGGUCACUUUUGCAGAAGAUCAAGGAUUUUCCAAAGGCAAUCUUGGUCCUCCUGAAAAAUCCAAGUUACAUUUGCAUGGUUCUGGGUGCAUGUGCAGAAACGUUAAUAAUUGGAGGGCUUUCAGCUUUUGCACCAAAAAUUCUCGAGGAAAAGUUCGACAUAAGUCCAGCCUCUGCUGGCAUCAUCAUGGGAGGUGUGACGAUCGGAGGGGGAGCUGGUGGUAUGAUCCUCGGGGGAAUUCUCAUCAAAUGUUUUAAGUUGGAGGCAAAAGGCAUGCUGAGAUUGUGUGUACUUUUAUCCGUGCUGGCUUCAGCGGUGGGAGGGGGAGUUUUUAUCAACUGCCCUGAAUUCCAAUUCGCCGGACUUAAUCAGCCAUAUUAUCCCGGAGGGGAGAUAAAUCCGACUAACAACCUGGAGUCGUCGUGUAACGCUAACUGUGGCUGUCGGGAGUACACGUACGAGCCGAUCUGUGGGGCGGACGGAGUGACGUAUUUCACCCCCUGUCACGCCGGCUGUAACGACAACUACACUGUGGACGGAUUCCUUAAGACAUUUGCUUUUUGCGAGUGUAUCAAUGAUCGGCUGAACUCCACUGGUGUGACCCUUGACCCCUCCGCCAAGUCUGGAGAGUGUGGACAAACAUGUGACCUAAUGUACGCCUUCAUAAUCCUCCUCCUUAUCGGUAUGCUGUUGACACUUACCACAGUCACUCCGGCCUCUAUAGCCAUCCUAAGAUGUGUCCCCGAUGAACACAGAGCAUUAGGUCUAGGGCUCCAGUGGGUUGCACUCCGUUUGCUGGGUACAAUACCCGGGCCUGUACUAACAGGGUUUGUGAUAGACUCGUCAUGCGCACUUUGGCAGGAUUUAUGUGGAGCCAAGGGUUCUUGUUAUGUGUACGACAGAUACGAGAUGGGAUGGCGUCUAUUCCUGUGGUGGAUUGCAGUCAAGCUGUUUAGUGCCGUCGCUUUCUUCAUUGCCAGCGUCAUGUACAACAACAAAAAUGUUUCCUCAGAAAAAGAAAUCAAAUUGGAAUAUAACAAUGGGUAUCAGUCAAGUGCCGACGGGAAGACAACAAACAACGGCGUAGAACGCGACACACAUAAUGGGACAACGAAUGGAAAUCCAGAUAGGAAGGACACUAUAACCCACUUAUAAUUCAUGGUAUUAUGUAAAGAUGUUUAAAUACACAACUUUUAAAGUCUUAAAAGCAAAUAAACAGUAAAACAUAUUAAAACCCGUAGAAACCAUACGUGGUUGGUGUGUAACUCAGAAAAGCCGAUAUUAUUGUUUAAAAGCCAACCCUACAGAUAACAGCUUCUAUAACUGAUAAUCACACCGCUUCAAUUGGAAAGAACAAUCUCUUCGAUUUGAAUCACGCCCAGGAAGGAAUGAUGUGAUGUCAUUCCAAACGCGUUUGGAAACAUGCCAAAUAUUGAAUAUACAUGUAUCGCAUUGUACGAUUGGAAUUACGCCCUAGAAGGAAGUUAGUCACGUAUACUGCCUACGGGAAGAAUGGCAACCUCUAGAGAUGAAGCUAUAUCGUCUAUUGUUAGAACCACGCCCUCGUCCAAUUCUAAACAAUGAAGGCACAUCUUCUAGGGAUGACGCUAUAUCGUCUAUUGUUAGAACCACGCCCUCCAAUUCUAAACAAUGAAAGCACAUCCUCUAGGGAUGAAACUAUAUCGUCUAGUUAGAACCACGCCCUCCAAUUCUAAACAAUGAAGGCACGUCCUCUAGGGAUGAAGCUACAUCGUCUAUUGUUAGAACCACGCCCUCCAAUUCUAAACAAUGAAAACACGUCCUCUAGGUAUGAAGCUAUAUCGUCUAUUGUUAGAACCACGCCCUCCAAUUCUAAACAAUGAAAGCACAUCCUCUAGGGAUGAAGCGAUAUCGUCUAUUGUUAGAACCACGCCCUCCAAUUCUAAAUAAUGAAGGCACAUCCUCUAGGGUUGAAUUCAAGUCCUAAAAAUAAUGAGCUCACACACUUUUGAGCUGGAAACUCGCCCUUUCAUGAAUGGAGCUACAUUCUGAAGAAUUCCAUACGUGCCUCCUACGUAAUAAAAUUGAUUCAUCUUGGGUUUGAAACACGCCCUCGAUGGAAUGAAAUCACACUAUCUAGAGAUGAAAUCACGACCUCUAAGGAAUAAUAUCAAAUCUGCUAGUUAUGGAAUCCUGUCCUUUAAGUAAUGAAGCCACGCCCUCGAUGCUUGCAAUAUAUAUCAUUUAAAACUGGACGUCAAGUGAUUCAUGUUUGGCAGAAAAAUAUGUGAAUACUUAUCAUAUUUAUAUAAAACAGUGCUUAUAUCUGGUGGAGAUAUGGCCUCUUUCGGAACCGUCCGUAGGAUUAAUGAUUUGAGGACUAUUCCCAUUAAACUGUACUAUUUAACGUUAGUAUCUGGAUGAAUAGAAAUUAGACACAAAACUGAAGGAUACAAACAGUAGAUAUUAACGAUACAAAUAAGCUACGGUUACAAUACUAGCAGGAGCUGGUUAUAAUCUUUUAUCUAACAUGCAACUCUUAUUGAAAAGCAAAUGCUAAGAGUUGCAUUUUGUGUUCAGAGGAUAUCAUAAUCAUAUAAAACAUUAUCUUUUUUGUCAUGACAUCAUUCCGAACCGUGAUUUUAUUUAACAGUAAGAUUGUCAAUUUUUUUUAUUUAUAAUAAAUACAUGAAUAUUUAAUAAUAUAUAUA